AUGUCUAAAAAUAUAUUAAGGAUAAGAGAGGAUUGGGUAAAAACUAAGAUUAAAGAAAUACAUACAUAGGAGAAACGUAUUUAGACCUUUCAGUAAUCUGAACUUCAUCAAGAAAGGAAAUCCAAUAUCAGAUAUGACCUUAUCAAAAUAUUUGUUAGUGAUAGGUCUAUAGAACUUGAAAGUAAAUAUUUCCCUAUAGUAAAUGCAAUCACAUAAGAAAACGAUAAGUACGAUUUUCUACUAACUCUUCUGCUUUUGAUUGCAGAUAAAUUAGAUGAGUACCUAAAUAGUAAAGAUUAAAAGAGCUCUAAGAUACUAAUUAACAUAAUUAUUCAUGCCCUUUAAAAGGCUCCUUUUGUUAAAAAGAAGCAAGAAGCUUUGGAUAUAGUUAUUUUAGCGCUUGAAAUAGUUGUUAAAAUUAAUUUAUACACUCUCAAAAAUCCAUAAUAGCAGCAAGUAGAUUUAUUAGAAAGUGAUGAUGAAAUCUCUGAAAAUAAAAAACAAAAUUCUUAAUAGCAAAAUUCAAUUAUAGGAAAUUAAAUAGUAGAAGAGCAAAAUUAAGAAAAAUAAAAAAAUGAGGAUCACGAAUUUUUUUUGCAAAAUGAUUUAGCAGUAGAAAUAGAAGAGAAUAUUUCUAAUCUAAUUACAAAAGCUCAUAUUGAACUUUUAAAGUAAUUCGAAUUAAUGGAAAGUGUGGACAAAAUAUCAGCACAAAAGCUUUAUUACUAUCUUAAUUUUGUGUUGCUUUAUUCUCCAUUUAAUGAACAGCUAUUUACUUAAAUCAAUAAGCUUUACUUACUUUUUUAUGAAAAUUUCUGUUAAAUUUGCAACUCAUUUUUGAUUAAGUUUGAAGAGUCCUUCUAUUACGCCUUAGAUAUUCUAUACAAUGCUCCAAUAAAUGCUUUAUUCCUCUCACUUGAAUUGGCUAAGUUUUAUCAAGUGUAUAGAAAAGUUGAUAGGAUUGAGCAAACUAUUGUUAUACUUUUGGCUUUCUUUCAAAAAGGAAUCAACAAAGAAGGAAAUCCAGGAUAUUCGAAAGAUCUUAAUGAAUAAUUAAUUUAGGAAGUAACCUCUAUCUUAACAGAAGUUAUGGUUAUUUUACCUCAAUAAAAAUAAGAAGAUAUGCUUAAAUAAGUGAUUUCUUUUUUGAGAAUAGCCAAAUAAAAAGACGAUUUUCUAUUCAAUGAAACUAUUAAUAUAUUUAAUAAGCUUAAGUCCUAAUUUAUUAAUAUAAAUACCAAUUUAAGCAUUAGUUUAAUGUGUGCGAUAGCAGAAAAUGAUGAUACUUUUAUUUUGAAUCCAUCAAAUUAAGUUUGGAAACUAGAAGAAAUAAAUGAAUAUGCUAUUAUUAUAAAAGAUAAAUCAGAGAGAAUUAACGCUAAUUCAAGUGAUUUAACUUUUUUACUUCGCCUAUUUUAUUUCUACACUAAAGUUUAUGAAUAUCUAAACAAAGAGAAUGAACUCAUAAUUAUCAAAUCUUAUGAAUAAACAAUCUUUAAUAAGUCUGCUUCUAUUUUUUCUUACGAAAAAAUUGCUCAUUUAAUUUUGACUGAAAGUUUUAGCGAUUCAAAGAAGAGGUUGUUUUUUAUGAUUGUAGGAAUAAUGGUAAUGACUUUUAGAGAAAGAAAAGAAUGCAGGAUGACUAUUUAAAAUGUCAUAAUAAAGUUGCUCAACAAGAAGCAAGAUAAUUAUGAGAAUCAAUUUGAGAUGGUGAAAUACUCCUUUUUGUGUAAUAUGAUUACAAACAUGUACUAAAAGAUAUCUCAGAUACAAAUUUAUAAUGCAUAAAAGUAGUAUAAAUUAGUUUAAUUUUAUCAGUAUGACUCUCCUUUGCAAUUUACAAUGGUUUUUGAUAAAGACCUAGUUUAAUUUGAUUUAUUCAUUUAAAAUAUUUAUGAGAAACUAUGCGUUAUCGCAACAGUAAAUAACGAUCCCUUACUUUUAAAAGAAAUUUUAUGCCUUACAUAGUCUCUUUAGAAUAAAGGAGAAUCUUUUGCUUUGUACUCAGGAGCUUUCAAAAAAAUGUUUUUAAAAUUAAUGCCUGUCGUUACUCCAUUUCACUUAAACUAAAUUCUUAUUUUUUCAACCAGAGGUGAAUACUUCCCUAUUUACGAAAAGCUAUUUUAAAAGUAAGUUCUAGGACAAAAUCUUUUAAUUGAUGAUGAUUAUCAGCUAAUUAAUAAGACAUUUGAUGAAGUUUAUUUUGAUAAAAUGUCAUUCAUCCAAAUAAACGAGUCUAACUUCCUUGAUGUUUAUAUAAAAUAUCUCGAAAAAGUGUAAGAUAACUAAAUUAAGAAGUAUUUCUUGAACGUUGUGUAUGCACUAGCUAAAAACUCAUUUGAAAACACUAUUUUUCUAUCUAAACCAAAAGUUUUCUAGAAUAUUGUUAGUUGCUUAGCUAAAGAAUAAAACCAAGAGAAUAGAAAAUUAUUCUUGAAUCUUGCUUAAGUAAUUUUAUCUGAAGGUGUUAGUGCCCAUCAUGUUAAAAGCAUAACACAGCAAAUUCUGAACUCUUAGCAAGAUAAAUACUUUUGUAUGUUGCACGAAUCGAUCAGGUUACUCGAAGAUAUUAUUAAUGAAUAAAAUUCACCUAGCCAUAUAACUCCUUAUUAUUACUUUAAAGGAAGAGAUUCUAUACUCAUGCUCGAUGAAAAAAUACCUUUUGUUGAUAAUUGCUCAAAAGGUUUUAGUGUACUUGCUUGUUUAAAGCUAGAAAGCGUUGCUAAUUUUUAUGACUCAUCAAUAAUGAUUAAAGAUGUAUAAAAUAUUUUAUACAAAGCAAAUACUUCCUAAGACUCUUCACUCCCUUCCACUGCAGAUUCUUUAAAAAAAAAUAAAUCAUCAGAUAAUUUUGAUCCUUAACCAAAGUAGUGUCUCUUCUGCUUUGUUUCUAAAGAUGACAAAAAACUAGUUGUAUAUAUUAUUCCUGGAUAGUCAAAUAAGAAAGCUAUAUUAAGAAUUUGCUUUAUUCAAGAUUCAAUUAGUAUAGAUAUUGAUUUUGAUUAUGGAAACUUUUCUGAGUGUUCUAAGUGGCAUAUAUUACAAAUAAACUAUAGUGAAAAAAAUGGUUCAGAAGGAUUCACUGUAGCAUUCAAUGGCAUAGUUAAAUAACCUAUUUCAAAUCAGAAUAGAAGAUAUGGAAAGUAUGUUGAUAAUUUUAAAGUUCUUAAACAAUUUUCAAUUGGCGCUGAAAUAUCUCCUGCUAAAAAUUGCGAUAAUUUUGUUAUAGAAGGUUCCUUUUUCAAUGGAUUUAUUAAUUAAUUAUACAUCUUUAAUGAGUCAAUACAAAUUGAAAGGACUAAAAUAAAACUAUAAGAAUACCUCACUGAAAUGUAUUACAACACCAAUCUAAGAGAAAAGAUUAUUUUAAAGUUAAAUACUGAGAAAAAUACUCUUUCGAAGCAAAACGAAGGGGAUUAAAAUUUAUAUUCCUCUUUAGAUAGAUAGAACUCUAAAUAAAAUUGCGACAGGUAAUGCAAAUAUCAUAUUUAGUAUGGUGAUAAUAGAGAUGAAAACAUCAUGUUAGAGGCUCCAAUAUGUUUGACUUUUCUGAAAUAAAAAAGAAAACUCAUCAAAUAGUCAUUUUUAAAUAUGUUCAAAUCAGAUGAUAUUUCAGUAAAAACAGAGUUUCCUCAUUACAAGAUCGUGUCAAGAGGAAUUAGAUUCUUAGAAUUCUCUCACUUUUUAGAAGCUCUGCUAUCAAUAGGAAAUAUAGAAAUUUUUAUUUAUAUUCUAGAUUUAAUUAUUGGCAACAAAGAACUCAAUUCUGAAUAAAAAAUGACCAUAGCAUCAGCAGUCUUUUAACUUAUGAGUGUUAUGAUUUAGCAGGAUUAAGAAAUUAUUAUGUACUUUGAUUAAAAUUCCAAAGGAAUGCACACACUUAAGAUGCUCAUAAAGGCGAUAGUCAAAGAAAACAAAGGGUGCAGUAUACAAUUUUUGGAGAGUUUCAAGCAGUUUAUUGAAAUUGGAUUCCCUUAUUAAGAAUGUAAUUCAACUGAUUUUUUUGAUGAUCAAGCAGAUAUGACAUGGUAUGCAAGACAAGUGGCUCUAUAAGAGAUAUUUUUCUGCUAUCAAAUUUGGGGUUAAUGCAGUUUUAAAAUUUAGAGAAGUGUUUAUGUCUUUAUUCUCAGCUUUUUGGAAAUGGAUAAUGAGACAUUUGACACAGUUUUCAGGAUAGUUUAAAACGAGAGUUUGGUUCCUUUAUUUGAAGUAUUAUAAAAUAAUUUUAAUGAAAAGCAAAUCAGGACUGAAAAUAACGAAAAUGACUGCAAAGAACUAAGAGACCUAAAGGGAUACUUGCUUAAGAUAAUAAAUAACAUUUAUACUUCUGCAUUUAUAAAAAAUGAAGUACAAUUAAAAAGAUAAGAUUACAAAUCAUUGAUUGAACUCUUAUUAAAAAACAUAUGCUAUGCAGAGCCAGGCUAGUUGCAAUUAGAUUUAGUGAGAAUAUUGCAAAAGAUAUUCAACGCUAAAACUCCUGUAGAAGUUAUUUCAAUAAUCUAAAAUAAGGAAAUAGAAAGCUUAGAGCAAAUAGUAGUGGCAAUAUUAAUUCAUACUUGUACUAUGAAACAAGGAAGUUAACAAAACAGAGAAUACUUCUACGAUAGUGAUUUUAGUUAACAAGUUAAUCACUUUGAUGAGCUUAUUUCAAUAUCUGUUUAGCUCUUGUUAGAAUAUUAUCUAAAGAGUGUUAAAAAGUUUGACUCUAGUAGCAUUUAAAUAAUUUAAAAAUAAAUAUAAAACCUUGACAGUAUUCUUCCAUAAUAUCUUCACAAAGAAACAAUAACCAUUCUCAUAGAGUACUUGAACAAAUCUCUCAUCGAAAAAUGGAGAAUCGAAAAAACCAUAAUGGAAAUCUUAUUUACUAGAGUGCCUCAUUUAGAGGGAACCUAGCAAAUCAUGGUCAUAAAAGACAUUAAAAAGGUGCUAGGAAUUCUUUACAACAGACAUAUUAACGCAUUGAAUAAAGAUUAAAUUGAUGAGGAUUUCAAAUAGUUUUUACACAAACUAGUUAUUAACCCUUAGUUCAUUCAAAUUGUAGAAAACAUUCUUUACAUAAAUUUCGAGGAUGAAGAAAGCCUAAAAAUAGUUCAAGACUCUAGCUAAGAAAUUCUUGAUUACAUUAUUAACUUUUUGAUAUGGGGAGAGAUAGAUGGAGCUAAAUUAAUUUAGCAGCUAAUUUAGAGCUCUAUUCACGAAUACUUUGAGAAAUUCAUUCAUAUUUUAUAGCUACAACUUACUUAAGUGAAUAGCAAAGAUUCCUCUUAAAUAUUGCUCGCUACUUAGAAAUAUAAUUUAAUAGAGUUGUUUUUUUAUGUUGAAAAUAUUGUUUACUUCUACCCCAACUUGAUUUCAAAUUAAGAAGCGAUUUACUAGAAAGUAAUCCACUCAUAUAUAGAAUUCUUCGGAAACAACAUUCUUUGCUUGGAAAAUUCUAGUCCUUAAAUCAAAAAGGAACUUGAAGGCUAAAUUGACUUAAAUGCCACUUUCAAUUAUUUAGAGAAAAUUGUCAUGCACAAAUUAGUUUUAACGAACGGAGGUGUUUUAAGAUCAGUUAUUGACACUAUAUUUGUUAGUUACAGAAACAGCACUGACAUUGGAGUGAAGAAUGGAUAUUUGUAAGAUUUAAAUAUUUUCCUGAUGAGAGAUGUAGGAAAUUCCUAACAAAAAGAAUAAAAACUAUUUACUGAAAGUGAAACUAUUAAUUUGAUAGAAUAUAGAAAUGAAUUUGAUAGAAACAUUUUUACUGAAUAUUUCAAAGACUAUAUACUUACUUUCGCAUUAUAAGAAUACUUUGUAACAACUAAUAAGACUUUAAAAGAUUCUCUAUAUAAGCUUAUUUACAAUUCUUACUAUGACAAAAUGCAAAGAUCUUGGUCCAGCUUUGACACCAUGCAAAUAGGAAAUUAUUAAUAUAAUCUUUAAAUAAGUCCUUAUGAAAAUCUCUAAUAAUUUUUGGACAUUUUUAACAAUAAAAUUGAAGUUAAAAUUGACAAUAAUAAUUUGAUUGAAGAAAUCCAAGACUUCUUUGUAGAAGUUAAAGAACUAAGAAAUUUUCCUAAUAGAAACCAUGAAAAGUUAAAGGAUAUUCUAGAAAGUCAUAAGAAUUUAUUUUUGGACUAAAUCAUUCCUAUUAUUGAUAAUUACAUAGGAGUUUAAGUUUAGUAUGUAAGACACAUAAAUGGAAUCUUUUAUAAGCUCAGAGAGCAAGUAUUUUAGGAAGCAAAGAGGGAAAAAAUUAAUAUCUUUUAUAGCAUCCAUUCAUAAUCAGCUUCUACAAAGUUAAAGCAACAAUAAAUCAUUGACACAUAUAAGUAGCUUUGUGAAGAUUCGUUCUAGAAGUACUACUAAUUAGAAAAUGAGUAACUAAUUGAGACUGCAAAAGUUUGGAAAUCAAAAAAAAAAAGACUCGUUAGUGAAAGAGGUCUUUGGUUUGAGGAGAACUCUAGCGAAAAAAUAAAAUGGAAAAUUAAUAAAGUGGAGGAUAGACUUAGGAGAAAGUUUUUCCUUAAAAGAGAUAAAAAAUGGCUGGACAAAAAGUUUUUCACAGAUCCAAAGUAUUAAAAGCAAUAAAUUUUACCAAGCAAGUAGCAGCAAGAAGAAAAUGAUUCUAGUAAAAAACAAUUUAAUUUACUUGGUUCAUUUGAGAAUGAAACUGAUACUCAAGACCUGAAUCAAAAUUUAGCAAUAUAAAAGGAUUAGUCAUUAAUUGAAGAUAAACAACCAACUAUAAGAUAAGUUCAAUCUACUUUAAUAGAAGAUCCUGCAUCAAUUAAAAGAAACUAGAGCUCAAAGUAAUUAGAAAAAGACUCUUCCUAGUAACCAAUGAGUCCAUAAAAGAAUGAAGAAGUUAUUAUUGAACAAUUUGAUUUCAAAAACAAUGUUUAAAGUGCAUCAAGCAAAAUCAGAAGCAGCUCGUUUAAUAAUAGUUAAAAGAUAGUUGAAAAUAAUAUGAUUGAUUUAAUUUGCGAAGCUGAGUAGGUGACUUAAACUGGAGUAGUUUAUGGAAUCUUGAGCAUUAAUCAAAAGGGAGCAAUAAUAUUUAGUAGCAAAGACCAAAGAAUCAAACCUAAUAUUUUUGGAUGCAUAGAUCAUUAACUUAUUCAAGAAUAAAAAACUAAAGUAAUCAAUGUAAAAAAUGUUAAACUAGCUAUUUCAAGAAGAUAUCUUUUCUAAGAGAUCGCAUUUGAGCUAUUCACAGAUGACUAAAAAGUGAUCUUCUUUAAUGUUUAUAAGCCAUAGAUCAAAGAAAAUUUCCUCAGUAUAAUCAAAAGAAUGAAUGAAAACUGUAAUGUAGUUAUUAACAGAAAACUAGAAUUCUAAAAAAGUGGAAUCAAAGAUGACUGGAAAAAGGGAAGAAUUACUAAUUUCGAUUAUCUGAUGCAACUUAACACCUAUAGUGGUAGAUCAUUUAAUGAUUUAAGUCAGUAUCCUGUAUUCCCUUGGAUUAUAAGAGACUACAAAUCAAGCGAGCUUAAGCUUGAAGAAGAUUCGUUUUACAGACCUUUAAACUAGCCAAUAGGAGCUAUCAACAGAAAUAGGUUUUUAGAUCAUUUUUAUGAGAGAUUCCAACACUCAUCUCCUAAAGACAGAGACACAUAUUUCAUGUAUGGAACUCAUUACUCUAACGCAACUAUUGUGUUAACACUUCUUAUGAGAAUGGAGCCAUUUGCUGGUCUUCAUUUUACUUAGCAAUCCAAUAAAUUUGAUCAUGCAGAUAGGCUUUUCCACUCAAUUCAUGAUCAAUGGGAAUCUGGUUAGCUAAACUCAGCAGAUGUUAAAGAACUUAUACCCGAGUUUUAUUACCUACCUGAUUUCCUAUAUAACGUCAACGAACUGUUUUUGGGAAAGAAGCAAGACAACACAGAGGUUGAUAGAGUUAUAUUGCCAGAAUGGAUAAAAAGAUCAACAGAUACUCCAGAAGAAUUCGUCUUUAGAAUGAGAUAAGCAUUAGAAUCUCCAUUUGUUUCUAAGAACUUGCAUUCAUGGAUAGACUUAAUAUUUGGUAGUAAAUAAAUCGGAUAAAAGGCAAUUGAUAAUGAAAAUUUAUUCCAUCCCUCAUCCUAUGCAGAGAAUUUCAAUAUAAAAGGCUUAGACGAGGCACAAAUUCUUGCUGAAAAAGCUAAAGUUAUUUACUUUGGUUAAACCCCAUUCCGCCUUUUUGAUGAAGAUUAAAAGCCAAGAGAUGAUAGUGGUCUUAUUACUAUGCCAAAAAUAAAAGAAUUUGAAUUCUACAACAAAAUAACUCCUAAAUACUAAAAAGUUUGUCAAGAAAGUUCUUUAGAGUAUGUCACUGCAAACAACAGAUAUGUUGGACUCAUGGAGCGUGACUUAAAUAAAUUCUACUUUAAUAUCUUUAAAUGCAAGACUUCUAUCCUUGAAAAAGAUUUCACAUAUAGAAGAGGCAAAAUAGAAAUUAAGAAAUCACCUGAGAUAUCAUUUAGAAAUUCAGUGUUAUUGUAUAGAACUUUCAUUCUUAGUGUCGCUCAUGGAGAUAAAAACAUUAUUGUUAAGAACUUCAAAGACGAAAAAUAUGAAGCAUAAAUUAAUUCUUUGCACAAGAAGAUAAUUACUUGCAUGGAUGUAUGUGAAGAGUUUAUUGUUUGCGGCUCUAGAGAUUGCAGAUUGUCUGUUUACUCUGUUGGUGUAAAGUAGAACAUAUUAAAAAACUUCCUUAGAAAGGAAGACAUAGAAAUUAAACAUCUUAGAAUGAUAUAUGGCCAUCACAAUGAAAUAUCAGCUGUGAAAUUAGAUCAAACUCUUCUAAUUAUUGUUUCUAUUGACAUGGAUGGUUUGGGAUUAAUUCAUGAACUAAAGACAAUGAGAUUCUUACAUUCCUUUAAGUUACCUGACUUACAAGACAGUGAAUGUGUUUAAUUCUUGGAGAUUCACUAAUGUGGCUUUAUUUUAAUUGUUACAAACCAAAAGAGAUUAUUUAUUUUUACAAUGAAUGGAAACUUGUACUCUGAGUGCUCUUUUUCUUAUAUAAGCAACUAAAACGAAGAAAAAAUCACAGACGUGAAGUUUUUAUCAAGUCUUAGCAGUUUUAUCUAUUUAAGUACCAAUAAAGGAGUAAUCUAUUACUUAGACUUAUUUGAAAUCAAAGCAAAGCAGAUAUAAAAUAUGACUCCAGCUUUCUCAAAAUUCUAACCAAACAGCGAGCACAUAACUUCAAUUUAUUUCCAUUACUGUAAGAAUUUAAUACACAAGCAAAAUUAUAGCUAGCUCGAAAUUAAUAUCUUAUAAUUUUUUAUUUAAAAAAAGUCGAAAAUAACAGAAGUCUAUUGUAUACUCAAAGAAAUGGAGAUUUCAGUAUCUUUUAAGAAAAAGACAAAGCUAGAAACACUUUAAUGCAGCUAAAGUAAAUGGGAAUAGAAGAAUACACAAAUAUCAUGCCUCAGAAUUGAAAAAAAUACCUUAAUAAUUAAAUUUAAUAAAAAAUUGCUUUGUAAAUAUAUAAAUAUAUAUAUAUAUUUAUUUAUUAUACUUUUUAAACAUAUUAUUAUAUUUUUUAUCUAAUUAUAUCAUAUUUAUUUUAUUAACUCUUAAUAUUAUCUGCUUCAAAAUUUUUAAAAUUUUAUUGUUCUAAAUUCAUUAUGGAAAUCAAGUUAUAUAUGA